UAUCGCCUUUUUGAGCAUCAUGGCUGCGAACGUUCUCGCCUCGAUGCUCGACGAAUUAAUGGGAAGGGAUAGAAAUCUAGCCCCUUCAGAUAGAAAAAAUGAUAUACGAUGGGACGAUGCAGAAGUUUGUAAAUAUUAUCUGUGUGGUUUUUGUCCACAUGAACUGUUUGUUAACACAAGAGCAGACUUAGGUCCAUGUGAAAAACUCCAUGAUGAUCAUCUCAAAAAAGAAUAUACAAAGAGUGCAAGAUUUGGUAAAGUUGGUUAUGAAGAAGAUUUUCACCGUUAUUUACAAAGUUUGGUGUCAGAUUGUGAAAGAAGAAUAAAGCGAGGCCAUCAGCGUCUUGCUCUGAGUAAUCAACAGGGCAGUUUGAGUAACAAUAUGAAUAUGAUGAAAGAUGAGAAAAUUAAUAUAUUGACAGAAAAAAUCAAUGAUUUAGUUCAGCAGGCAGAAGAACUAGGUUGUGAGGGAAAGGUUGAGGAAGCUCAAGGAGUGAUGAAACUUUGUGAGCAACUUCGAGAUGAGAGAAGGCAGUUAGAGGAGAGUAAGUUAGCCAAUGCAUCAAAUGAACCCGAGAAGACAAUGGAAGUUUGUACCGUAUGUGGGGCAUUGUUAGUGGUAGGAGAUGUACAACAGAGAAUUGAUGAACAUUUAAUGGGAAAACAGCAUGCAGGUUAUGCUAGAAUCAGAUCUUAUGUGGAGGAUUGGAAAAAGAAAAAAGUUAUGGAAGAUGAAGAAAGAGAGUCUAGAUUGGCAAAGGAAAGGGAAGAAAGAGAAAAAGAACGAGAAAAGGAAAGAGAAGAUCGUAAGAAACGAGAUCAAGAAAGGGAAAAAGAAAAAGAAAAGGAAAGAGAAAAACAAAAAGAGAAAGAAAAGGAAAGACAAAGGGAUAAAGAUAGGGACAGAGAUAGAAAGAGGAGAUCAGAAAGUAAAGAUAGACACAGGCGUAGAAAAAGUAGGAGCAGAAGUCGACAUCGUCACAAGUCAAGAAGCAGAUCACGUGACCGAUCUCAUCACCACCGACGUCGAAGGACUAGAUCAAGGUCAAGGGACAAGGACUCGUCCAGAAGAAGAGACAGAGAUAGGAGAAGUAGAGACGUAAGAAGUCGAGACAAAAGUCGUGAUAAAGAUAGAAGAAGUCGGGAUAGAAGUCGAGACAAGAGAAGUAGAGAUAGAAGCAGGGAUAAAGAUAGGAAAGACAGAGACAGAAGAAGUAGGGAUCAUAGAAGUAGAGAUAAAGAUCAUAAGAGUAGAGAAAGAAGUAGGGACAAAGAUCAUAAAAGCAGAGAUAGAAGUAGAGACAAGGAUCGUAAAAGUAGAGAAAGAAGUAGAGACAAAGAUCGUAAGAGUAGAGAUAGAAGUAGAGACAAAGAUCGCAAGAGUAGAGAAAGGAGUAGUGAAAAGGAUCGUAAGAGCAGAGAGAGAAGCAGGGACAAUGAGCAAAAAAAUGGAGAAAAAGAAAAGAGCAUAGAGAAAGAAGACAAAUCUGAAGAAGAGUCAGAGAGAAAGAAAAGUGAAGAAAGAUCAGAAAUAAAGCCACCAGAAAACAACGAAAAUCCUGAAAACAUUGAAGAACCCAUGCAAUGAGGAAAGGUGACAUAAAAUAUGAUCCAAAAUGAGGUAAGUGAUUUGUUGCCCAAGGGAGAUUACUCCAGAUUUACAAGGUGAGUGGAUCACUGGAGGGGUCUGUAUGUUAUAUAAAGAUGUGGUCUUUCCAAUAUAAAGUUAAGGAUCAAAUACAGGAUAGAUUUAUAAGUUUUAAUAAGAUUAAGUGGCAGACUGAUUUUCAGUAAUAACAGAGACAUUGCUGUUAAAUACAUGAAGCACAAAAGAACAAAAGCAAUUUUUGAAUAAUUUUAAGCAUAUCAACCAAUACUUUUCCCUGCAUGUGUCAUAGCAUUGAUAGUUUAAGAAGAGUAUGGUCUAAAUCUGAAAAUGAAAAAAUCAUCUGAGUGGUAUCAGACUAGCUUUGUUUUUAUAUCCUUAAAAUUCCCAACAUUCCUACCUGAUACUCUGAUAUUGGCAGCAAUAGUGAGGUUAGUUCAAUCUUUUUUUGGACCAGUAAAUUUCACCUUCAGUAAAGAUAAAGAAAACAAAGGUAUGUUUCUCAGAACCUUGGAUAGUUGGAGGUAAGUGGCGCCAUUCAUUUGAAGUAGGAAUUUGUCCAUUUUGGGAAGCCAACUCCCUUUGGGUCAGAAAACAGAUUUGAUGCUGAAUGUAGAGGUAAGACUGAAAUCAAAACAGAAGAUGUUGGGUGGUGUGACCUUGCUCACUAGAGGUGAGUGGCAACUUUUGUUGUUACUAUGACGAACUCAACAUAAAAUAAAUAUUGAGCGUUUAUUUGAUUUCAGUAGAGUGUGUACCAUUUUGAACAGUGUAUAUUGAAUGUUAACAUCAUAAAAAAAAUGUUUAUUUACGAGGUAAGAUUUAAUUUCUCUGAGUGUAAAUGGUGCAGUUUAUGUUUGCAAUGCCAAUGUUCAUGUUUUUUCUACAUAAAAAAAGGAUAUUUAAUAAGAUUUAUAGACAAAAAUAACUAAACAUACACUUUACAGUUAUUUAAACAUUAUUUAAACAAUAGAUGAGGCUUCAAACAUUUACAAGUACAAUAUAAGCAACAUAUUGUUUUCUAGAGUAAAACAAAAUCUGUGACUAACAGACUGUUGUAAAUUGGAUUAUAUUACAAUUAUUAUCCUCUGAGAAAUUAUAUGAUUUUUGUCCUUCUAUUGUGUGAAAAAAAGGAUUAUUUUAUCUCAUCGAUUGAAAGACCAUACUAAUGAUUUAAGGGAGAUAAGCAUCUGAAGAGGUCACUUCUGUUAGAUCUUAUAUUAGAAAAUUAGAUGAUAUUUCAGUAAAAAUAAAAUCAUGAAUAUGAAGUAUAUGUUAGCGAGACAGCACCCCAAUAAUACACACAAACAAAUAUGUGUUGUGUUGGUAAAUUUGAUCAAAUAUAUACUAUUAUAGUGGCCAAGUUCUUUUGGGUUUAAAGCUAUUAACCUUACCAUGAUAUAUUUCCCUUUCAAAGCCUCCUCUAUUGCUUGAAGAUUGUUAGAAAAAAGCCAUGACUUUAAUAACAGGAAAAUGAUUAAAACAAAAAUCAGUAUUGUAUGCUUGUUGUGAUUUCAUAUACAGUACUGCUUUCAAUUUUCCUUAAAUCUCUCUUCCUUGAGACUACAGCUUGAUGUGUAGUCCUUAUAAGGUAUGAUCUGUUGUCAUUCAAAUUAAUGGUGCUCUAGCUCUAGGAAUUUUAUUUGAUACAUUAAAAAGUAUAAUAACAAAAAUACCAAACUCCAAGGAAAAUUCAAAUCCAAGUUACAGACAUUACUUAUGAACAAGUUAUUUAAGUUACUUUGAAGCCAAACUUCUCAUUUUAUAUAAUUAAAUUUAUUAAAAUCCAGCUAAUGUUUUCACAAAUGUCUUCAAAUUCAAUCUUAAGGAAAAACCUCAAUAUGAGAUUUUUAUUUUGCAAUAGAGGUAGAUUACUAUUGUUUGUGUAUAUUGCUUCUUCAAGGCUAAAUUUAAUCUGAUUCGAAAAAUAACCAAUUCUUGAUUUGUAUUUUUAAUUUGGAUGCUACACAUUUUUUAAAUGUUUAAAAAAAGUUAUUGAAAAAUAAUCAUAAACAAAAUUCGGGUCAAAUUGAUGGAUGAUUUUUAGCCACCAAAUUCGGUCUUGAUAAGCAAUUUUUUUUAAGAAUGGGUUACGUUUUUGAUUGGCUUGAAAAAUUAAAGAGCUACAGUAAAUGGACAAAUGGUAUAACUUUUCAAAAAAUUAUCAAUUAUCUUAUACAAAUCUGGAAGAUAUAAGUAAGUUAUUGAAAACUUAAAUUUGAAAAAAAAAAAAUUAAAACGAUAUCAGAAACUUACAAAUAGUACUGAGUUCAAUUGUGAAAUUGUCAAAACCAAAUGUUAAUUUUGAGAAUAUUGAUUGAUUUUUGUGAAAUAAUGAUGAAAAUAUUGGAAGGGAAUACCUUUUGUAUACAUACUGUACUUCUAAAAUAGACCAAUAUGCAAUACAAGAAACAGAAAUUUACUCUAAGAAUUGAUAUCUGCAAUAAGAACAAGUUAAAUAAGGUUGAGAAAUUUGAUUGGAGCAGAUACGUACCAUCAUUUAUCAUUCCGUGUUCUUUUUGAAUAUUUGGUUGUUGUUGAAUAGAAAGAUUUAUCGGAUAAAAUCUUGAAUGAAAUGAGAAACCUACAAAAUACUCAAACAGCAUGUUAGAGAGAAGUGUGUGAUUUUAUAAAUAUGAACUGUUUACUACAUGUUAUGUGAAUGGUUUUCUUUAUCCCACUGAAUGAUUGAACAAGCUUUCUAGAAAGCAGAACUGGACAGGAGAAAAGCCGUCAACCAUUAUGGAUGAUAAAGGGAACAUUGUAAUAGAGGUAUACUAAAAAAAAUCCCACCUUAUUACAAAGGUUACACUAAAUAACUCUCAGGAAGUACCUUCAAAAUUCUUAUAGGGAAGUUUUUCUUUCUUUUAAAAAACGGUAUACAAAUACAAUGGCUAGAUUUUUAAAAUAGAACAAAAAAGAAGUUUUAGAAAACCAACAACAUCUUGAAAAUAAUGUGAGAUCUUAACGAUGAGCAAAAACUUACAUCUGCAAGUAAAAGUGACUGCUUUGAUAUUUUACAAUUAAUCAUCAGUUGAAAUACACAAACUAGAAUACUUUUUCAACAAUUUUAAAAUACAUUAUUUCUGAAACAGAGUUAUUUUUCAAUACAAUAUUUCUGGAACUGGGUUAUUUUAAAGUACACAGAUAAGCAUUUAAUAGAAAAGUUCUGAAUUAUAAUUGUUUCUUCCACCCCUUUUCUUCUUAUUUUCAAAUCUGUUGAUGUUUAAGGAAGAUUGUUAUAAAACAAAACCAAUAGAUGCCAUAGAAUACAUUUAAGUUUAUUGAAAAUUCAUCAAAAAUCCAUUCAAAUUGUUUAAAAUAUGUGAAUUAUAAGUUUAAACAAAUCAAUAAACACUUUUAACACAGUACAACAUUUUUUCCCUUAGUGGCAGGUAUAGCGGGCCUUCCAACUGUUAAUUCUAGCACCACUGAUGAGACUCCUAUAAGUAUACUGUAUACUAAUCUGAUUGAUUGAAAUUUAAAAUGUUCUAGUUUCAAAUUCAGUUACUUUAAUGCAUAUUUGUAGAGAAAGUUUAAAGUUUCCUUUUAUCUUCGUCAUAUAAGACAUUAAAACUAGCACAGCAAAUGUAGGUUAAAUUUUUUAUAAGUACCAUGUAAGGUAUUUCCUGAGAUUUUUUAUGAAAUUUAUUAUAUAGAACCUAUUCACUUUGAAAAGUUUCAGACAAGAAAUUAAUAAAACUGUAAUUAAAUUUCAAUUAUGAUUAUUUGAUGCAAAUUUUGAAACGGAGGAACAUUUUCUUUAGGAAUUUAAUACCCGGAGUUUAUUUUGCGGCAAAUAUUUAUACAGACCCCGUCUUAAACUUUUCAAAUAAUAGUGUCAAAUUUAGAUUAAUUAAAAUCCACAAGGUGCCAUCUGGUAUGUAACUUUUUUAUGCAUAGGUGUACAAUUAAAACCUACUACUGGUUGAUCUGAUGAUUGUAUGUUUUUUGAUAAAACAAUUUUUUUUUUAAAGAUUUUAUUUCAUCUUUCACAUCCAGGUAUGGUUCCAGAAAUUAAGAUUAAAACAAUUUUUGCUGAAAAUUUUUCUUUUUUUCCAACUACAACAAAAUACAGGUUUUAUACAGUCUAGGUUUAACUUUUGGAGGGAGCUGGGGCACAUCAGGAUUCCCCUUAAAUCUCUACUGACAUCACGUGAAUAUUGAUAUAGUAGUCAAACUCAAUAUUUGAAAUUUCACAAAAAGAAGAAAAUAACAUUGCAUCUUUUCAAUUUGCAUUUUAUCUCAUUUUUUGUCUCCAUGUAAUGAAAAUCUUGGAAGCGAGACAUGGGUGAGCUGUUUGUGGAAUCAAAGUGUCGACAAUUAACUGGUAGGUCACACAGGUGAGACAUAUCUCUGUGUUAACACUUUGUUUUUUACCCGCUUUGUUGAACAUUUUAGAAAAUGGCAUCUUGUGGAUUAAUUUGUUCUAUCUUAAAAACAAGGUUUUUGAAUUAAUAGCUUUGUAUUUCAGAUGAAAACAAUGUCUAUAAGAUAUCUUUGAUUAAAUAUUAACAUGUGUUUAACUUUUUUUUUCGUUUCAGUGAGGAAGCAAGUGCAGGAUGAGUGUUUAUUGCCAUUGUACAUACAGAUACAUUUCCAUUUUCUACUGACCACUCCAACAGAGAAAUUUUUUGUUGAACAUUAAUCUGUUAUUGAGUCAUUUGAUAUAUAUGUUGAUCCAAUUGCUUGAACAAUAAAAUUGUAUAAAGUUUUA